AUGCUAUCAGCGAGAGUUAUCGCAUACACAAGGCCGGCCGCCAAGCUCGCCUCUAGAAACCUUUCUACGGUUCAGCCACGCUUCUCUGAGCAAAGCAAAAGCACUGAUGCCAAAAACGAAGCUCAAACAAAUGGCCUUUUUACGUGGACGGAUUUCUUUCAACUGAGAAAGCAGGAACGCAGAAUCAACCUGGGAUCGUCUAUCGUUACAGCGUUCCUCUCUACCAAUGCUUCAUGGGCUUACCUUUCCACAAUGCAGAUCGAUCCAAUGCAGACUAUCAUGGGUUUUGACCCCCUAGUAGUUGUGUCUGCGGCACUAAUGGCAUCUGGUGCCUUCGGGUACCUGCUGGGCCCUAUAUUCGGUACUACUGUUUUCAAAAUGAAACAGAAGACCAACCUCGCAAAUUACAAUAAGAAGACCAAGGAUUUCCUGAGGCACGUUAUAACCAACCGUGUGGAUUCGUCCUCGCAGAGUUUCAGCAACCCUGUUCCAGACUACUACGGUGAAAAAAUCGGCUCUGUCGCUGAGUACAGACAGUGGCUGAGAGACUGUCAUGCCUUCAGAAGAAAGGCCAAGGAAUUUUUGUAA